AUGUAAAUCCAUUUAGUGCUCGUUGCGUUUCCGUACGAAGCAUUCACUGUUUACAGACAUUUGACUUUGUUGAAUGCAAAACGUUUUAAGUUUGUUACAUUGCUUCAAUAAUGCGUCUGUCUGUUUUAAGGGUACUAGUGUUUAGUAGUGUGGUGAGUUGUGCCAUAUGUGUUCAUGUUCCAUUCGAUCUCAAAGGAUGGAAGGCAAGGCGAUGUGAUAACAAGAGAGUAGUUGAUUCGAUGGUUAUUUCUGCAGAACAUCUUGGCGGACAAUUUACAAAACCUGUAACUGCGUGGCAGUGGGUUGAACACGUUCCAGACUGGGAUUUAUACAGGGUGUCGUUCCAGGGAAUUUUCCAAAAAGGAAUCGAAUUAGAGUGUCAUUCAGAUGUAGUAUGGAUAUUCAACCCCUACCGUGUGACGGUGUUUAAUACGGGAUGUAUUCCGGUGUCUGCUGUACAUAAAUCUUAUAAAUACAAAUCAGCAAUUGCUAUACCAAAGUACAAACCACCUUACGCUAUAAAACCAACGUACAAGCCACCAACAACUACAAAACCAACAAACAAGCCAACCACAACCUCAAAGCCAACGCCAACGUACACGCCGCCGACAACUUCGAAGGCAACGUACAAACCACCUUCCACGACAAAGCCACCUACAACUACGGAACCAGCCACAACCUCAAAGCCAACGACAACUGCGAAACCAACUGACAAGCCAACCACAACUGCAAAACCAACGACAACGUCCGAGCCACCUACGGACAAGACAACGACCACUAAAAAGCCUGUUUAUCCGACUCAGGCACCAACAGAUAAUAUGUACCCUUCUAACUAUCUUCUGCAAAAUAUCUACAAGCUAUUUAAUCUUAAUUUACCUUCUUUCGAAACACCUAAGCCUAUUGACUAUAACUACAACCCUCCUACCUACAAAUAUCCUUUCCCUGCAUAUCCUACAGGUGAACCUCCUACAACUACCGAGUCCACAAAUACUCCUACGACUACAGAGUCUACAAAUACGACUGUAGCCUCGACUGAGGACCCUACCACUACUGACUCACAAGCCACGGCCCCAACAUAUCCUGCAUACAAGCCUAUAAAUCACUAUAAUGUCUACAAUACUUAUGCGUCUAAAGAUCUUUACGUUCAACAAAACCAGCACCAAAUAAAAGACUAUAAAUACCCUGUCUACAAACCUCCUUACCCUGCAUAUCCUACAGGUGAACCUUCUACAACUACCGAGUCCACAAAUACUCCUACGACUACAGAGUCUACAAAUACGACUGUAGCCUCGACUGAGGACCCUACCACUACUGACUCACAAGCCACGGCCCCAACAUAUCCUGCAUACAAGCCUAUAAAUCACUAUAAUGUCUACAAUACUUAUGCGUCUAAAGAUCUUUACGUUCAACAAAACCAGCACCAAAUAAAAGACUAUAAAUACCCUGUCUACAAACCUCCUUACCCUGCAUAUCCUACAGGUGAACCUUCUACAACUACCGAGUCCACAAAUACUCCUACGACUACAGAGUCUACAAAUACGACUGUAGCCUCGACUGAGGCCCCUACCACUACUGACUCACAGACCACUGCCCCAACAUAUCCUGCAUACAAGCCUAUAAAUCAAUAUAAUGUCUACAAUACUCAUGCUCUAAAUAACUUUUUACGUUCAACAAAAGCACACCAAAUAAAGGAACAAUAA